AUGGCCUCUAUUCGCGUUCUUUCCUUCGAUGCUGAGGGCCGUCCCGUGCAGUUCACUUCCUGGCUCGACGACCUGCAGUUGUAUCUUAUGAGCAAUAGCACGGACCACAUCUCCCUCUAUGACUACGCGUCUGGUGCUGCCGCUGCUCCUGCUGCCACAGCCGAGCUUAGUGUACGUUCACAGUGGCAGACUCGUGACGCUGCAGCUCGCCUGGCUAUUCGCAGUCACCUGCCGUUAGCUGAGCUAGAGCACUUUGGCGACUGCAAAACCGCUAAAGCCCUAUACGACGCUGUCGUUGCUCGCUACUCCUCACCUGCCACAGCCGAGCUUAGCCGUCUCAUGCUGCCUUACCUGUUCCCUGACCUGUCCACCUUUGCUACAGUCGCCGAUCUUAUCACCCACCUUCGCACUAGUGAUGCUCGCCUGCGUGCCGCCCUUCCCACCGAGUUCUGCGCUAAGAACCCCCCUCCCCUGUACUGGGCACUCCACUUCAUAGUCACCCGUCUCCCUGACACCCUCAGCUCAGUGCGCGACUAUUUCCUUGCUCGCUGUCCCACUGAGCUCACUGUCGCCCUCCUAGAGGAGAAGCUAAUAGCAGCCGAGAAGAGCAUUGUAGCUGUAGGUGCUGCUCGCGGCGCUCCUCGCACCCCCAUCUUUGAGGGGUGCUCUCCCUCUCCCCUCGCUCCCUCCUAUGCUACUGCUGCUGCUGUUGACUUCCUUGGUGCUGAGUCUGCUGGCGCUGCUUCUGCUCCUGGUGGGAGGCGCCGCACCGGCAAGGGCAAGGGGGGCAAGGGUGGCGGGGGUGGCGCUGGGGGGGGAGGGGGUGGGGGAGGUGGGGGGGGAGGCGGUGCUGGAGGGAGCGGUGGCGGGAGUGCCGGUGGGAGUGGGGCCGGCGGCGGAGGCGGGGGCGGCGGCGGGAGCAGUGGCGGUGGUGGCAGCGGCGGCAGUGGCGGCGGUGGCGGUAGUGGCGGUGGCGGUGGCGGUGGCGGUGGUGGCGGUCGGAGCGGAGGUAGUGGCGGCGGUGGAGGUCGGAGUGGAGGCACCGGCUCGGGCCAGAGCUCCCAGCAGCAGCAGCGUCCCCAGUCGACCCAGCAGCUUCGUGAGUGGCUUGCUCAGCGUGGGACGUCGGGGGGCAGUGGCCGCUGUUCCUAUGUCAUUCGCACAGGUGAUCGCAAGGGGCAGACGUGUGGAAAGUUCCACACUCAGUACCGCUGCUUCUUCCGCCUUGACGACGCUUGGCGUGAGGAGAUGGGCGAGGAUGUUGAGCGCCCUCGCUGGGCUGAGCUGAUGAGGGCUGGUGUUGAUAUCUUUGCUCUUGACUAUGAUGCUAUUAUUGCUGCCAUGUAUGCAUUGACUGUUAGUGCCGAGGGAGACUGUUACUUGUGUGUGCCGCCUGACCCAGGUAUAGGGCCCGCUGCCCUAGGUACUAGUGAGUCUGCUCUCUCUGGUAUGGUGCCCCCUGUACCUGCUCCCUCCAGCACUGUCCCUGCUGCUUGCGAGUCUGCUCUCUCAGGUACAGCACCCACAGAGACUGCUCUCUCAGGUACUGCACCGGCUGAGACCUGUCACACCUUCACCCUUGACUCAGGUGCUUCCCGCUGCUUCUUUCGAGACAGUACUGAGCUCACACCGCUUCCUGCACCGGUCCCAGUCUCCUUGGCUGACCCCUCUGGGGGCCCAGUCCUUGCCCAGUCCACCACUGUGCUCCCUUGUCCGGCGGUUCCGUCUGGCUCGCUGACGGGUUUCCACCUCCCCUCGUUCUCGACGAACCUGGUGAGCAACGCUGUCAUCCAGGAUCAGUGGGUUGACACCUUUACCCCUGGAGGACAGCGUGUGGCGAUCUGCACGUGCUCCAGGACCGGCCGUCACCUGGCUACGUUUACUCGUCGGCCGGGGUCGAGUCUCUACACACUGACCACUGCGUCUCCUCAGGUCGCUGCUGUCGGUCAGGUGUCCGCGUCAGGUCUGGUGGCCCACGCCUGUGAGUGUCGUUCCCUGUCGCACCAGACUCUUCUCUGGCACCACCGCCUGGGUCACCCCUCCUUGCCACGCCUCCGUGGCAUGCACCGUCGCUGCCUUGUGUCUGGUCUUCCCAGGUCCCUCCCUCCCCUCCCUGCCUCGCCUGCGCCGCCUUGCCUUCCUUGCGUCGAGGGGCGGCAGCGCGCCGCUCCUCACUCCUCCUCGUUCCCCCCGACAGAGGCUCCUCUGCAGACCCUCCACCUGGACGUGUGGGGCCCAGCCCGCGUUCGUGGUCAGGGCGGUGAGCGGUACUUUUUGCUGGUUGUCGACGACUACUCGCGUUACACCACGGUCUUCCCCUUGCGCACCAAGGGUGAGGUCCCUGCUGUUCUGAUCCCUUGGAUCCGCACAGUUCGUCUCCAGCUCCGCCGCCGUUUCCGGACGGAUCUUCCUGUCCUGCGUCUGCACUCUGACAGAGGUGGUGAGUUUUCCUCCGACCUCUUGAGGACCUUCUGUCAGGCGGAGGGCAUCGAGCAGACCUUCACGCUUCCGGACUCCCCACAGCAGAAUGGGGUUGCUGAGCGCCGCAUCGGCUUGGUCAUGGAGGUCGCUCGUACCUCCUUGGUCCACGCGGCGGCUCCCCAUUUUCUGUGGCCGUUUGCUGUCCGGUACGCCGCGCAUCAGCUCAACCUCUGGCCCCGUGUCUCCUUGCCGGAGACCUCGCCCACACUGCGUUGGACGGGGGAGGUUGGCGAUGCGUCGCGCUUCCGGGUGUGGGGUGCUCGUGCCCUUGUCCGCGAUACGUCCGCGGACAAGCUCUCCUCCCGCACGCUUCCCUGUGUCUUCCUUGGCUUUGUCCCUGACGCGCCGGGCUGGCAGUUUUACCACCCCACCUCGCGCCGGGUCUUCGCCUCUCAGGACGUCACCUUUGACGAGUCGGUCCCUUUUUACCGUCUCUUCCCCUACCGUACUGCCCCCCUCCCUCCCCCGCCGCUUUUCCUUGCUCCUGGUCCCCCUCCGGUAGACCCCCUUCCCCCUCAGGGUCCUGCUCCUUCAGGUGUCUCUCAGGUAGACCCUCCUCCCGUCGCUGAGCCUGUCGAGGUCACAGGUGACUCAGGUGCUGCUGCAGGUGGUGCUGCUGGGAGUGCUGAGCCUGAGGGUGCUGGGCCUGGGGGUGCUGGGACUACGGGUGCUGGAGCUGAGGGUACUGUGCCUGAGAGUUCGGCGCCUGGGGGUGCUGAGCCUGGGGGUGCUGCGACUGGGGGUGCUGAGCCGGCGUGUGCGGAGUCUGGGGGUGCUGCGUCUGGGGGUGCUGCGCCUGCGGGUACUGAGCCUGGGGGUGCUGCUACUGAGCCUACGGAGCCUCGGGUUGCUGCGUCUGGGGGUGCUCCGGUUCGGGGUGCUGAGCAGUCUCUCACACCACAGCAGCUUCGUGACUGGUACGUCCGGCGCUUUCGCCGUCCUAGUGGCUCGGCUGGAGCUGGGGGUACUGGAGCUGCCGGGACUGGUUGUUCUGGGAGCGCUACGACUGGAGCUGCUGGAGCUGGGGACUCUGGAGCUGGCGGCGCUAGCGGAGUUGUAGCUGCCGACUCUGGGGGUGCUCUUCCUUGCGGUGCUGCGGACCCUGGGGGUGGUGCUGCUGCUGGUGCUGCGGACCCACCUGGUGGAGCUGCUGCUGGAGCUGAGGACCCGAGUGGUGGCGCUGCUGCUGGUGCUGGGGACCCGGACGCUGGAGUCUCUUCUGCUUCUGGAGACGCUGCGCGGCCGCGGCCGUACUUCGUACCGCUCCUUCAGCAGGUUCUUGGGCAGGCUCCUCCUCCUUGUCCUCCUCCCUCCGUCGAGUGUCCUCCGACUGUCCAGCCGCAGUCACAGUUACCGCCUGCCUCGCCUCUCCCUGCUCCCUCUCCUUACACUGGUCCCACAGGAGGUCUUACAGAGCGUCGUGAGCCUGAGUCUCGUCUUGCGUCGCCUGUCCGUACUGCUCGCACUGGUCGUCGUGUCCGUCGUGAGCGUCCUCCUCCUGUCCCAGGCACUCACUACAUGACUCUGCGUCCCUCUACUGCUCCUCAGCGUGUCCCUCUGCCGUCUCCUCCUGCGUCCUCUUUGCCUGCCGUUCCGGACCCUGAGUCUGACCGGUAUCGUGCUGAGCACCCUACAGUCACGCGUCUCCUAGCUACUGUUGUCACUGACCCUACCUUUGAGUCCUCGGCUGCGUCUGCUCUGGUCGCUGAGUUGGUUGACUUUGCUGCUGCCUGUCGUCUAGACUACGCUGCUCGCCUUGUUGCUGGGUCUGAGUCUGCGUCUGUCUGUCCUCCGUCCGUCGGGGGUGAGUGUGCUCUUGGCACGGACGUCCUUGAGGACAAGCAGGAGGACUUUGACUCUCUCGCGGCUGCUGUACCUCAUCUCGUGGCCUGGUUGCUUGCCCCUGAGGGAGACCCGGAUGCACUAGACAUCCCCACUCCGCGCACUUACGCAGAGGCGAUCUCGGGUCCCUACUCCUCUCAGUGGCAGACAGCCAUGGACGCAGAGAUGGCAUCCUGGAAGUCCACAGGCACCUACGUCGACGAGGUUCCCCCUCCUGGGGCGAACAUCGUCGAUGGCAUGUGGAUUUUCAGGGUGAAGCGGCCGCCAGGUUCUCCGCCUGUCUUCAAGGCUCGUUACGUUGCUAGAGGCUUCAGUCAGCGUCAGGGGGUCGACUUCUUCCAGACCUUCUCCCCCACCCCGAAGAUGACCACUCUUCGGGUUCUGCUGCACGUUGCCGCUCAGCGUGACUACGAGCUUCACUCUCUUGACUUCAGCACAGCGUUCCUGCAGGGCAGCCUGUACGAGGAGAUCUGGCUGCGCCGCCCACCUGGCUUUACUGGGUCGUUUCCUCCUGGUACCCAGUGGAGCCUCCGCCGGCCAGUCUACGGUCUCCGCCAGGCGCCACGCGAGUGGCACGACACACUGAGGAUUACACUUGCGGCUCUUGGGUUCGCGCCGUCUACUGCUGACCCGUCGCUGUUUCUGCGCACAGACACGUCGCUGCCGCCGUUCUACAUUCUCGUGUACGUCGACGACUUGGUCUUUGCUACUGCUGACACUGAGGCACUCGCUCGUGUGAAGUCGGAGCUGCAGAAGAGACACACCUGCACUGACCUGGGUGAGCUGCGUAGCUACCUUGGCUUGCAGAUCACCCGGGACAGAGCUCGCCGCACCAUCACCCUGACUCAGUCACACAUGGUGCAGCAGGUCCUUCAGCGCUUCGGCUUCCAGUUCUCCUCACCACAGGCCACACCUCUGGCUACCAGCCACUCGCUCUCAGCUCCACCUCCGGACGAGUCCGUAGAGCCGAGUGGCCCGUACCCAGAGCUUGUGGGCUGCCUCAUGUACCUGAUGACUUGCACGCGACCUGACCUCGCGUACCCUCUUAGCAUCCUUGCUCGUUACGUUGCGCCUGGGAGACACAGGCGAGAGCACUGGGAGGCUGCUAAGAGGGUGCUGCGCUACUUGUGCAGUACAUCAGGCAUGGGGCUGGUGCUUGGAGGACGCGACAGAGUUGUCCUCACUGGCCACUCGGACGCUUCUUGGGUGGACGACCUGGCUACGCAGCGGUCGUCACAGGGUUACACCUUCAGCCUUGGCUUUGGUUCUGUCUCGUGGCGGUCCACCCGCUCUUCCUCUGUUCUCGGCUCUAGUUGUGAGGCUGAGAUCUACGCCACAGCCAUGGCUGCACAGGAGUUACGCUGGCUCACCUACCUGCUGACUGACUUGGGAGAGCGGCCUAGUUCUCCUCCAGUUCUGUACGGUGACAACAAGGCGGCUCUUGCCUUGUGUGAGGAGCACAGACUGGAGCACAGGACGAAGCACAUUGCUCUUCGCUACUUUCUUGCUCGAGAGCUUCAGCAGCGCGGUCAGCUUCGGCUUGUGUACGUGGACUCGAAGGCCAACACUGCUGAUAUCUUCACCAAGGCGCUCCCGCCUAGUGAUCAUCAGCGGCACUGUACUUCUUUAGGCCUUGUGUCCACGUUUCCUCACUUGCUCACUGCUUGA